AAUAGUUGUAAGUGAAUCACACGUCACGAUUGCAAUUUGUCAACACAGAAUCUGAAUACAUCUUGUUUUGAUAUACUUUCAUCAUGCAAGCAAUUAGAAAUAAAAUGAUUACGCUAAAGGAUCAACUAUCCGAUGCAUACCGCCCACUAAAAGAAAAAGAAGAUGAACUUCAACAGGUAAAAACGCGCAGAGAAGAGGCCGAAAUAAAGGCAAAUGAGCUCAACAAGACACUGGAAAUGCUAGAAAGUGAAAUAGAUAUGAUCGAGAGCCAUCUCGCAGACAAGCAACAGCAACUCGCAGAAGCAGAAACAACUGCAUAUGAGUCCAAAGCUUGGGAACUGCGUGAAAACCGCAACCGGCCCGACAUAGAAAGGAUGGCAUCACUAGAACAGGAGUACUCCAUGGCAACGCAAAAGGCUGAAGAAACUGAAAGGAAAUAUGAUGACGUUGCUAUAGAGAUUCAGGAGCGUGAGGCCGAAUUGGAGAACAUGGAAGAAAGGGCGUCGUCAGCUGACUCGAGAUUGGAGCAGCUUGAAAAAGAAUUGCCUUAUGUUUUUGACCAUCUACGAUCAUUAGAAAGAAAUUUGAGGGAUGUGAGGGAGGGCGACAGAUUCGAAUUAGAUAUCGGAUCUCUUAAUCUUGAAGAACUUGAAGAUAUUGAUAAGCGAGCAACAUAAGAUGAUUGCUGAACUAUUAACAAACUGCAGAAAUAACUGACUGGUAGAGGAUUCGAAUUUUUGGAAAUGUAAAAUCAAAACAACUUCAAGAAGAGAGGAGAUGGACAAGGCAUUUAUAGAGGUGGUACAAGGCCUGGAAAUAUAUGGCGACUUUUUAUACAAGACAAUAACAGGAAAGCCUGACUCGACAGAAACAUUUCUAACAAGUCGAGUCUUCCCUCCUAUAAAAUAACAUUAAUAUCGUUUGUGAACGUUUAAAUGUACAGACUUGUAUGGCUAUUUGACAUUGCGCUGGUGUUUUACCAGAACUGCAUGAAUUGUGUUAUAAGAACAUUAAGGUCUGGGUAAAUUUGUAUCAUUUUUAGUCAAGAUUAAGCUAAUACUCACGGGAAAGAUCUCCCACAGUAUAAUGCAUAUUGAAUGUAAUCUUAUAUAUAUUUUAGAUACGAUUUGAUAUGUUAUUAUUUUAUACGAGGUGUUCAUUCAAUGAAGUGUGUCUAACCAAAGUUGGCAGGUUUUCCCUUGUGAACUCAACUUUGGUAAAUUAACAUUCAUGGUUCGUUUGAUUCCUGUAGUCAAUCAUGUGUAUCACUUGGGCCAUUUUAGUCCAGUUUAGCAGUCAAUAUUACAUGGGCGGAUGCCCAGUCGUCCUAGCAAAGCUGCAAUGUCGGUUAAAAAUAUAAUUAGAGUAACCCCCGUAAUGUUUUGGCGUUAGAAGAUGUAAAACAGGUUUGACAACUCACCUACUUCAAUGCUUCAACUUAUUCGUAUCAAUUUGGUGAUUUAUAAACAAGUUGGGAAAUCCAAAUUUAUUAUACUACCAUUUGCAGCAGAUCCCUUUGCUGUUUCAAAAAUGAGCGAAUUUGAUCAUUCUGGGACCAUUCUGGGACACUAAAUUGUUACACCCCAGUCACAUUUCCUACGGCGACCGUGCGGUCUAUCAUUUCUGCGGCCAGUAACAUUUGUACGUUCGCCGUGGAAUUUCUUAUCUUCGCACGCUCCGGUCUUCACUGCGUUCACGGGAGCUGAGGAAACGAAGAUGGGAAUUUCUGCUGUCGGAUACUUUUGCAGUCACAUUUCCUACGGCAGCCGCACGGCGAGUUUUGAAUUACUGUUAAUUAACGUUAAUUCUUCUUUUUAUCUUAUAUACAUCUGAUCAGUUCAAUUUAAUGUUGUUUGUAGUGUUAAGAUAUAGUAGCCUAUCAAAUAAAA